UCUCUCCCUCUCCCUUAUUCUUUGCCGGCCACCGACGCCCUCUUAUUCCGGCGACCUUUUCAUUGCUUGCCGUAAAUACUCUCCGAUCACAAGCUACCAGUUUUCUAGUCACUGAUUAUCCUUAAAAACGAUCUCGAAUAGCUCCAAUUACUGCUGUCAGUAGCUGUUGAAAAUUGGGUCGAGACUGAAAUUUCUUAAAUUCCCUUUCGAGAUCCAGUGUGCUUUCGGAACGUGAUUUUUGGAAAAGUUAGGGUUUUGUUGCAUGCUAUUGGUGGAAAUGAAUCUCGAUACAUUUGUUCUGAGAUUUAAUUAACUGAAAGAGUUGUAAAUGCUGUUUCUGUUUUGGUAGCUCAAUCUGCAAUUCUUCCAUUCGUUUCUGUUUAAGAAAUUCUGCAUCUCGAUUAACAUUAUAAGGACAUAUAAUUAUUCAUAUAUUACUACAUUUGUCGUCAAUUUAGCAAAGUCCUUUGUGAAUCGAGGUGAGUUUGAUAUAGAUUAAGGUAAUUUAGGGUUUGCUAGGUGAUCUAUGGAAGGAAUAUGUGCAGUAUAGAGGAGAGAGAUAAAACGAAGAGGUUUAGGAUUGGAACCAUGGGUUUGAAAGCAUUUGGAGAAAGUAGAGUAGAAAAAUUAAGGAGUUCGACGGCAAAUUCAUAUGCAAGGUCUUCUAAAAUGAAGCUGUGGAUGAUCAGGGCUACGACGGUGGUGUUAUUGUGGACUUGUUUGGUUCAGUUGACGGCAUUAGGGGAUACAUGGGGACCUAUGGUUUUGAAAGGUUGGCCUUCUCGUGAUUCUCUUUCUGCAACUACUUUAGAUGUGAAAUUGUUGCCAAUCGUUCCUGCUAGAGUUCUUCCACCAAAGAGGGUUUACAAGAACAAUGGUUACCUACUGAUUUCGUGUAAUGGAGGACUUAAUCAGAUGAGAUCUGCUAUAUGUGAUAUGGUUGCAAUAGCAAGAUACUUAAAUGUUACUCUCAUUGUCCCUGAGCUGGACAAAACUUCUUUCUGGGCUGAUCCAAGUGAAUUUGAGGACAUUUUUGACGUUGAUCAUUUCAUUACAUCCUUGAGAGAUGAAGUCCGGAUACUUAAAAAGCUUCCUAUAAGGCUUAAAAAGAGAGUGGAAUUAGGAAUCAUUCAUACCAUGCCUCCCAUUAGUUGGUCUGAUAUUUCAUACUACCACAUGCAGAUUCUUCCUUUGAUUCAAAGAUACAAAGUUUUGCAUUUGAAUAGAACGGACGCUCGGCUUGCCAAUAGUGGUCAACCACUCGACCUUCAGAAGCUUAGGUGCCGAGUAAAUUUCAGUGCUCUGAGAUUUACUACUCAGAUAGAAGAGUUGGGCAAACGGGUUGUUAAGCUUUUAAGACAAAAUGGACCCUUUCUGGUACUUCACCUCCGUUACGAAAUGGACAUGUUAGCAUUUUCUGGUUGUACUCAAGGAUGCAAUGAUGAAGAGGUGGAAGAGUUGACACGAAUGAGGUAUGCAUACCCAUGGUGGAAAGAAAAGAUCAUAAACUCUGACUUGAAAAGGAAAGAUGGUUUAUGCCCUUUGACUCCUGAAGAGACCGCUCUUGCAUUAAGGGCACUCGAUAUAGAUCGUGACAUCCAGAUUUACAUCGCUGCUGGUGAAAUAUAUGGUGGUGAAAGGAGAGUGGCUAGUCUCGGAGCCGCCUAUCCAAAGCUGGUUAGGAAAGAGACUCUAUUGGCACCAGCCGACCUUCAAUUUUUCCAGAAUCACUCGUCGCAAAUGGCAGCAUUAGACUAUCUUGUAUCGCUGGAGAGUGAUGUUUUUGUUCCUACUUUUGAUGGAAAUAUGGCCAAAGUUGUGGAAGGCCAUCGGAGAUAUUUGGGUUUCAAGAAGACGAUAUUAUUGGAUAGAAAACUUCUGGUUGAAUUAAUCGACAAAUAUACAAGUAAAUCAUUGAGUUGGGAUGAAUUCUCGAGCGCUGUCAAAGCCGCUCAUGCAGAACGCAUGGGAAACCCCACGAAAAGAUUGGUUAUUCCCGACAAACCCAAAGAAGAAGAUUACUUCUACGCAAAUCCAGAAGAAUGCUUGCAGCCUUCAGACAACGAACCUGUGAAUAUUAUGCGUUAAUACCGCCUUUCAUUUUUGUCAGUUGCCUCCAACAAUUUUUAUGAGUCCAUCCAUCCGUAUUCUAUCCUGCAACAAAUCUAGAUCGCGAUUUAAAGGGUGGUGGGAUCGGAGAACACACAUCAAAGAGGACGGAUCUUUCAUACAAGCCUAGACGGUGUGUAUUUAAUCUCUUCGGUUUUGUUUUCUACACGUAUCAUCAUUGUCAAUAACACUCCGAUUCAUGUAUAGAUACCGCCCUGACAUUUCAGGGUCAUAUUCAUAUCUGUUAAAGUUCUGCAUCGGCUAGAAUUGGAUCAUUAUCUCCUCUACAUAUGUUGGAACCUCUCUUCUUUUCCUUUUCUGGAAACUACAUAAUGGGGUUCCAUGUAAUUUUUUACAAUAAUUAGUCGUUCAUACGCAGAAAGAUUCGAAUGCUGAUUUUCAAUUUCUU